UGGAUGGGUUCAUCGGGUUCAUGUAGUAUUGGACGUCGUCCUUCUCCCAUUCCAGGUUGUCUGCCUGCUUCCCUGGCUGCCUCCCUCGGUAAAAGGGCUAGCUUUAAGGCAAGUGGGGGUGGUGGAAGUUUGCGGUGGAAAGGGCUAAACAGCCGAGCUUGACCUUUUUAUCCGGGACACAGAAACUCGGAUCAGCUGGUGACUCCAAACUAGCUGCCAUCUUUAGGUCAUUCGAGGCAUCUCGCUAACUUGUGUUUGUAGCGCCAGCCCAGCUGUAUGAAUAAGCCUGCUUUAUUCGUCUAUUAGGGAUGGGGGGGAUCGCUUUGUCCUGUGCUGUCUAGUGGUGGAAUAGAAAUCAUGAUGGCUGAUGGAUGUUGCAGAGGGAUGGAAAGAGGCAGGGGUAAGAUUGCAUCAGAUUCUUUACCGAGACCCACAUAUCCUCAGCAGUAUGUCCAGACCGGGUCGCAGCAGCAGCAGCAGCAGCAGUGCAACGACAUCCAGGAGCUGGCCUCCAAACGCGUCGACAUCCAGAAGAAGCGCUUCUACCUGGAUGUGAAGCAGAGUGUCCGGGGACGCUUCCUGAAAAUAGCCGAGGUGUGGAUCGGGAGAGGCCGCCACGACAACAUCAGGAAGAGCAAGCUGACGCUGUCCAUGUCCAUGGCUCCCGCGCUCCGCUACUGCCUGGGAGACUUCAUCGAUUAUUACGCCCGUAUCGGACUGCGGGGGGGCCUCGCGCCUCCUCCGCAGCUCGAGGAGCACAGCAGCAACGGCCAGGGCCGCGCGCGCGACUCCCGCCGGAGAGGACAGGAGCCGCACGUGGGGCUGUCCCCGGACGGCUCCGCGGUGUCCGACGACCAUGCCCACCGCGUCCUCAAGAGCGAGUUGAUCGAGAGAGACAACAGGAAGUACUUCCUGGACCUGAAGGAGAACCAGCGGGGCCGGUUCCUCCGCAUACGGCAGACCGUCAGCAGAGGAGCCGGCACCAUGGGCUACUACGGCCAGGGCAUCGAGCAGACCAUAGUGCUGCCCGCGCAGGGGCUCAUCGAGUUCCGGGACGCGCUGUCGCAGCUCAUCGAAGACUACGGCGACGAAGAGAGCGACGAGCGCGGCGGCCGAACCGGGUCCAUGAGGAACCAGGACGACAACCCCGAGCUUCCCGAGGCUGCGUCCUUUCGGGUGGACAAUAAGAGGUUUUACUUCGAUGUCGGUUCCAACCGCUACGGUAUCUUUUUAAAAAUUAGCGAGGUGCGGCAGCCGUACAGGAACACCAUCACCGUGCCCCUGAAGGCCUGGACCCGGUUCGGGGAGAACUUCAUCAGGUACGAAGAGGAGAUGCGGCGGAUUUUCUCCUGUCAUAAAGAGAAGAGGACAGACGCACGGCAGGACAGUGAGGACCAGGAGGACUGACCUUGGCAAACCAGAAUGGUGUGCUGGAUGUCAGUGGUGGAACCCUCGUCAAAGAGAUAUGGGUGGGAAGUUUUGUUGGACUGCAGUGCUAAAAAGAUUCUUGAGAAAGAUGAGUGAGACUUUUAUUAUUUGUGUAAAACCAAUGACCCUGACUUAAAAGAAGAACAAAUUAACCCUCACUUUUCUUCGUCCAAAAUCUAAAUAAAUAUAUAAAUAAAUAUAUAGCUAGAUAGAAAGAUAAAAUCUGUAUUUGUAAAAAUGUUAGUCUCUUAUUUGCAUAAUAAAAAGUGGGUAACAAUAUAUUCAUAUUUGUUAUGCAUUUCCCUUAAAGAGGCAUACUGGUGCUUUGCUUUUUAUCUCCUUAUUAAUAAGUCAUAUCCUUUUUUAUAUUACUGCUGAGCUGUUUCUAAAGCAUGCCACCAGAUUGGAUUGAUUUCAACCCUCUGACCCAGAAGACAAACUUAAGAUAACAGACGAUUAAAAAAGUGAAAUUGGAAACUUCUUGGCAUUAAAAAGAUUGCCUUUUAGCUACAGCAGCCAGACAACUCUGCAAUGUGUGACGGCCGAGCAUCGUUUAGCGUGCGUGACGUCAUGGCGUGUGCGUUCUUCCAGUGCGCGUCACGUAGAAAAGACAACAUGGGAAACGCUGCUAAAAUAGCAAAAAGCUGUUUGCAAUCAACCGCACAGACUGAAAGAGAUAGAAUUCCCUGUGCGAUUGUUAGCAACAUUUCAGGUGCACUCACUUUCAGGUUUUUCUCCAAAUAAAGUGGUUUCGGUCAUCUGGAUCAUCACACGUUCUCAAUUUCCCUAUAAUAAGUGUGACAUCACAUGGUUCUUUUCAUGAAACUUCCUAAUCAAAUUGUUCAGAAAUGUUGGACCUGUAAAAGCAUUAGAAAUUUAAAUUUGAGUAGCGAACACCCUAACCCUCUGUAGCUUCCUCAGUGACAGAGAACAGCAGCAGCUGUGGUCAGCUUGACUUGACCGUGACGUUGGAUUCCAAUCAGGGUUCAAAAUGAACUUUUUUCGUCCACCAGCCAAAAUGGCUAGAGAAUGCUGAAAUUUGACCAGCCAAUAGAUGAAUAGAUGACCGUUGUUGUUUUUUUUGGCUGGUGAGUGAUUUUGAAUUUACCAGCCACUUGCAUUAUUUUACCAGCAUUUGGCUGGUAGGUGGUGCUAAUUUUGAACCCUGAUUCCAGUGGUGGCAAGAUCAGUGGAAUCAGCAGAGAACCAGGGUCAACAACGUGUUUAAACUUAACUGAAUUUAACAUACAUUUUAAGAUUGUUUUGUCAAAGCAGCCCUAUGUGCUCCUAUUUCUCUUCUUUGACACAUACAAAAAAUUCGUACGUCACCGUCCACUGGCUAACUUUUAGCCACAUGACACGGUCUUGAUAUGACCGGUUAUAUAUACGCUGGGGGAGAGACGUGAAAUUCAGAUGACCCCGUCAUAAGUAUAAAAGCACAACAAGCAAGCAGUGCGUUCAGCCAGAGAUUGACCACAGCUGCUCUUCGCUGCACUCGGGAAAGUACAAACAGUAGCUGAGUGUUUGACUCGUAGAGAACAGAUUUUGGGGUUGUUACUUUGAAGUGAUAAAUAGCAUACAUACAUGCUGCUGGUGUGCUCCUUUCUGUCUUGUGAGUCAUUUUUUUUGAGUGGACAGUCAGCAGAGAGCUAGAGCAGAAGGGCUACAGGAUGUUGGACUUUGAUGGAAGGACUGGACUGUUAACACAGAUCUAACGUUUCCAACCCUGACGCCUUAAAGCUGUAUCUUUGCUUAUUUGAAUCCAUGUGCUCUGUUACAGCAAAUACGGAAAUUAUACAAAAGUCCACUUCACACUUAUUACUAUAACUUUUGGAUGGCAUAGUCACAUCCAGGAUAAAAAUGGAUGUAAGUACCGCAGUGGGAUUCACCUGGACAAAGUGUGUGUGUACAUGUGUGGCUGUGCAGGUGGAGUGAUGUGAAUGUAUGCACACUGAAGAAGACGUUCUGGUUUGCUGUUUAGUUUUGCCUUCUGUUCACCAUCCGUUUUGGAAGUGGGAAAUGUAGAGAUGUAGCUGUUUGGUAAUCAUUUAAAAAAAAAAACUGAACUGAAGUGAAUAAUGGAAAUGUGAAAAGGUGUAUAUUUAAAUACAUGUAAUGUAAUACAUUGGUGUGUCCUAUUAGUCCUGUAGAGUAAGACUUAAAAAAAACAAGGUUUUGUACUCUAGCACUUUCUUUAAUGUGUACUGUAUUAGUUCAUCUUCUACAUGUAAAAGUACUGUAUGAAUAUUCAUUACUUGCCUUGUAAUGUUCGAAAUGAAAUGGUAACCAAGAAAACUACGUUUUUAGAGUGUAUGCAUGCCAAUGGUUGGGUCCCAGUAUAACAGGAAAACUAUAUGAAAAAAUGGUGCUAUGUUACAUUAUAUAAAGGUGCUUUUAUGGACCCCAGCUGAAUGCAUGCAAAGAGGAACUAUCAAAAGAAGAAGAAUAAAAAGAGAAAAUGGAUGUCUUACUGCUGUUCUCAAAUGAGUGCUGCCUUCCAAAGAUGUCGGAGAAUUUGGAAAAAUUCCACUUUCUUUUGGUUAAAAUGCAACAGCCCUUCAAGUAUCCAUGUAUCCAAACUAGGCAUGGGCCGGUAUAAGAUGCUGACGGUGUGAUAACGUUCAGCAAAAACAACCCGGUUUCGCGGUAUUGUGGUAUUGCGAAUACAUAUAUAUAAUAAAUAUAUUUUGAAAUGUCUGGGUAACAAAAACCAACUUUUUCCCCACUGAACGCAGUGUAUUGUAUUUUGAAACACACUGGCAGGGGGAGGGAUUUCUAAACUGCACUUUCUGUCCGUGACCACUCAUAAAAAACAGCUCAUACAUUAUACAUUAGUAUGACGAAAAAUUUGAGUGGUUUUGAAACUGUGACUUUUCUAAUCCGCAGUAUACCUUGAAACCGGUAACCGGCCCAUGCCUACUCCAAACAUACAUGUAGAGUUUGUUGGGAAGGAGCAUUUUAACUCGGAGAAAGAAAGUUUUAGCGGAGCAUAAACUCGGAUAUGGAGUGUGUUAUUACACUCCGUCAGCUGGGAAUUUCUGACCGAAGAUCAGAAAUGGAAUGCAUAGUAGGUGACAGAUCUCCUACCUGAUCACAAACGGUGAAGUCUAACUGUAAAUGUCGUCUUUUCCAGACUCUACAGCUCUAAGUUCGAUAAGGUCUAUGAGUCUAUUAGUAGCCCCUGAGCCACAGUGACUAAACAUGGAAAUUGGCCAGUUUCAUAAAGUGACUCAAACUUAAAGAAGCCGUCAGUCACCAGAUGGUUUCUGUUUUUAAGAAAAGAAAAAUGUCAUGUCUAUUUACAGUUACACUGCCUUUGUGACAAAGGUCUAAAAGAUCUAUAGACAAUCUCAAUGACAUCAUUUUGUACGCUUAAUUCUUCAGAUGUUUAUGUGUUUUUUUUUCAUGUAUAGGACGGCAGAGUUAUAGGACGUCAAACAUAAAUAUAGUGUUCAAAAGUUCAGAGUUGUUUGAGUUUGGAAGACUGUGCUGAUUGUUGCUGGAGAAGAAUUUGGAAAAAAAGAAAAUGUGUAUGUUUAUUGGUUGUACUGAUCAUCUUUGUUUUUAUGUUGCUCAUUAAAUGUUUUACAGGAUUAUCAAUG